CCCGGCUUGCGCCGCCAGGUGCACGGGAGACUGGCCGCAGGCGUCCCGGGGGGCGUUCACGGCGCUGCCCGGCUCCAGCAAACAUUGCGGGCCGUCCACCUGAGGAGGGGGGAGGCACGGGAGAGAAGCGGGGAGGUCAGACGAGUCAUCCAGACUACAUAUUGAAGAUACCGAAUGAAGUUAAUCAGUGAAAAACUGCCUAUGGGUCUCCAAGAUGCUACAUUACACUGUGCUACCAAGACCGAGAAAUUAAACCAAUGGAAAAAGGAUAAGGAAGAUUAUUACAAUCAUACGAAGUUAGUGGAAAAGGCGUUACAGUUACUAAAAGAAAGAAUAAGAAAAGGAGAUCCUCUGGCACGUUUCCUGCGAGGUCAACUAUACUUUGAAGAGGGAUGGUAUGAGGAAGCAUUAGAUCAGUUUGAAGAAAUCCAAGAGAAUGAUCAUCAAGCUGUUUACCAAUUGGGAGUUAUGUAUUAUGAUGGACUGGGAACAAAGGCAAAUCCUGAAAAAGGUGUGGAAUAUAUGAAGAAAAUUCUCGAAUCUCCAUGUCCCAAAGCAAGACAUUUAAAAUAUGCGGCUGCAUACAACCUGGGAAGAGCUUUUCACGAAGGACAAGGUGUUCCACAUGAUGAUGAGGAAGCUGAAAGACUAUGGAUUUUUGCUGCAGACAAUGGGAAUCCAAAAGCUAGCGUCAAAGCUCAGAGUAUCUUGGGAUUGUACUAUUCUACAAAAGAGCCCAAAGAGUUGGAGAAGGCAUUUUUUUGGCAUUCAGAAGCUUGUGGCAAUGGCAACUUGGAGUCCCAGGGUGCACUUGGGCUCAUGUACUUGUACGGACAAGGUAUUCGUCAAGAUACGGAUGCCGCCCUUCAGUGCUUGAGACAAGCAGCUGACCGUGGAAAUGUCUACGCUCAAGGCAGUCUUGUUGAAUAUUACUAUAAAAGGAAGUUUUUCACAAAAUGUGUUGCAUUUUCAAAAAGGAUAUCUGAAUACGAUAUCUGCCAUGAUGUUCCCACAAUAGCCCAAAUGACUGACUGUCUUCCUGAAUAUAUAACCAAAGGCUUAGCAAUGGCUUCCUUCUACUAUGCAAGGUGUCUUCAGCUUGGCUUGGGUAUCACAAAGGAUGAAGCAGAAGCCAGAAAGUAUUAUUCCAAGGCAUGUCGUCUGUGUCCUGCAAUAGCUGACGAACUUUACUCUUUGGUUAUUUCUCAAAAAAUUUAAGCCACAAUACAUAGUAGCAAAGAUGAGCAACUUCUAAUUAUGUGUGUAUUUUUAUAGUAGUCUGUAUUUCAUUUUUCUGUAUAUCUAAUUAUAGGGAUUUUACUCAGCCAGGUAUGUUACUUAUGACAUUUGUGUUCUUCACUUCAAGCACUACCAUGAUAGAAAACAAAAGUUAAUCGCAUGAAGUACCAUGUGGGACUAGAUAGAAACCAUUCCAUAUGGAAAAACACAUUCUAGAUAGAGAAGUAAUCUCCUGUGCUCUUUGAAAUCACUAAUAACUUUUGGGGUUUUUAAAAUAUUAUUGCUUACAACCUUCUUCUGUAUAUUUUUAUUC